AUGGACACAGUCAAAGGAUCCUGCCUAUGCUCAGCCAUAACCUUCUCCGUGCAAGGCGCACCUGAGAAUGUCAUGCAGUGCUUCUGCACACACUGCGCCAAGAACGCCGGCGCUCCAUAUCAAUAUGUAGCCAAAUUCAAAACCGAGCAAGUCCAAGUGAGCGACCCCCAGGACGCGCGGAAGACAUACGUCCUGAACGACACGAUGAGCGGGUCCGACAAGCAUAAGGUAUUUUGUGGGGUGUGCGGAUGCACACUGUGGACGAUUCCCAUGCGCCACGGGGGCACCCAUUACGUGGUUCGGACGGCGCUGAUUGACAAUGGGUAG